AUGGCUCCUCGUACCAGAACGACCUGCUUCGAUACUCGAUUGCUCCGCGGCCUAGUAGGCACUACGAUCACCACAUAUGACCUUGUCUCAGACGGCGCGUCACCAGAAUCUACCUCCCGGACGUGGGUCAUCACAGAGAAACUCUCGGAGAGGGCAAGCCCUUUGACAGAGCACGAUGUCAGAAUGGGCCGCGGGUCUUCUAUGACUGUUGGCAGAUUUCUGUGCCACCUUGCAGAGGACCCGAAGCAGAUAGCGUUCAUGCGAAUCUACCAACAGAUUCCUAUCACUGGAACAGAGGACGCUGAUAACGACACACUGGCUAGACAGGCCGUUCCCCCUGGCGUGUGUGGUGAGCUGGAGUGCUUCAAACUAUUGCAGAGCGGAGGCUGUAGCGCUGCUCCUCGCUUCCUUGGCUACGCAGAAAGAAUACAAGGCGAGCACGAACUUCUUCCUGGCGGCUACGUUAGAUACCUUGUGUGGGAAAAGGUCCGAGGUGAACCAAUGACAGAGGAGUUCAUCUGGGGCUUGGAUGACGCCGGACGCAAUGACAUUCGUUCUAAGUUCCGUGCCGCCUAUAAACAGUUACUUAGUUGCGGCGUAGAACCAGGAGAGGCCAGAAUAUCGAUGCUCAUCUUUGAUCAGUCCACAGGCAAUCUUCGCAUUUCGGGCUUCCGAGGGGGGUGGCCGAUUUUAAGUAAACUUGAAUGGUCAAAGGCUCGUUACGUCGAGUUUGGACUCGCUAAGCCAAGCAAAGAGACAGACUGGUACCUUCACCCGGAAAGAUGGGAGUGGUGA